CAUAGAAAAAUAAGUUUUUAAAAAUAUACAAUAAAAAUAUCUAUUGAUUUAUACAUUUAAAAUAUAAUAAACUUUAUAUUAAACUAAAAUAUGAAUCAAAUUAUACCCGAAGAUUACGUUACAUUGACACACAAAUUGGAUUCAUUUCAUUUAGAGUCAAUAAAUUUGAUUUUAAAUGAAAAAAGUUCCUAUGAUGUGAUUAUAGACAUUGGCUGCGGUGACGGCAGUGUUACAAAAAUGUUGUCAACCCAAGUACCCCAUAAACAAUUGGUAGCCAUUGAUGUGGAUCAAGGAUUGCUAAAGUAUGCCAAUACCUAUAAUAACAGUCCGACCAUUGAGUAUGUCCAGCAAGACAUGACAGUCGGGUGGCCAGAGUUGUGUCCCAGACUUAGGGAAAUGGAUGGACGGGUGGAUCUUGUAUUUACCAGUUUUAUGCUACACUAUUGUAGUCGGGAUAAGCGGCAAGUAAUGGCCAUAUUUAGACAAUUAUUGAAAUCGGAUGGACUAUUCUAUGGCAAUAUAUUGAUUAAUCAGGAUUUGAAUAGAAAAUUGUUAGGCAAAGGCAAGGAAAGGGAUCCAAAACAACAAUGGUAUCCAUCACUGGACAAACAGACUGACAAUUGGCUAAAAAGUUUAACAGAUAAUGGAUUUAUGAUAGAAAAGUCAAAACUAAUUGAAUUGAAUGUCGGGAUGAAUCGCAAACAGAUUAUAGACUUUAUGCCAGUAGUGGUUGACUGUUAUCGUUGCUAUUUCCCGGACAGCCAACAGUUUGACGCCGAAGUUGGCGACCACUUGUGGGACACUGUGUUUGACGCCUUUUUUAGUCCACCCGAUGCUGAGCCCAAUCCUAGCGCGUGGACUAAAUUUUUGGCCGACAAUACUAUUACAGAAUUGCAUUACUAUUUUCACUGUUUACGAUUUAACUGUUUGUCGUCAUUGUGGGCGUAUUUCAGGUUCUUAAUCGGGUGCAUGUAUGAUAAUGUUAUCGAGAUAUUUCAUUACGCCAUUGUACAAAAUUCAAGAUAUAAGCAAAAGUCAGCACAGGUGCCGUCACCUAUAAUCAAUGGCUUUGGAGAGUCCUUGAAGACGCGACCGUCGGAAUUUGUAUUCCCAUUGAUUUCUUCAACGGAGAUAAAGGUUGGCGCGUCUAGCGAUUUGUUUAGAACUCUGGCGAAAGCGGUGCUUAUUAUGUUAAUGGUUGCGCCAGAGUCGAUGACAGCACGUGUAGGAACUACGUUGACCCGCACCGCUAUCUCCGUUAGUGAAAACAGACCAAGUCGUUCCCUGAGACGUAUGAUGAACAGCUUCGUUACUUUGAUUUUCAGAUUCGCAACUGUCUAUGUCUGCCAGACAGUGAUUCACGCUUGUGAACAUUUCCCGAACGGUUGUGCUGGUUGCUUUUGA